AUGGCAACAGGGAAGGAGGAGGCUGAGACGACAUUGGUCGAUUACUUUGUAGUAGCUGGAUACGAUCCCGAUGUUGGCCUUGUGAUUGAUUCCACUUCUGAGGACUGUGUGUGGGAAGGAGAAAAUGGCUUAAUCCCCAAUUCUGAAGAUCGUCGACCACCCCUGCAGAGGUCCUUCGUAGCCAAAAUCUUACACCACUUCCCCCAGAAACGGGCAGGCGCUCCAUUUUCCGAUGAAGUGCUGUCGUUAUGCAUGCCGAAGGGUCUUCGUUUCUACACAGAAAAGGACGUGCCGUUGAACGUCUCCCUUCAUACUUUUGCGAAUAUUCGGGAAGAUGGCAGUCGCAUCAAUGGGACAGUAAUAACUUAUUACGAGGAGGUAAAAGAUCCUCGUAUCUGUGAGGCCAUGUCGCUACUGCACACCGAGCAUGUGCGAAAGCUAACAGCCGGUGAACCUCCACUUGAUCGAGAGCGAACCCAUGUACCUCCGGGGACUGUUUCAGGUGGCACCCACACGUUACCGCGGGGACGAAGAAAUAGAACGAAACGUAUCUCCUACUACGAUGGCGGCGGCCACAACACCUUAUUUAUGAGCAAGGCGCUAUGUCUCAUCACUCGAUUGCCCUUGGUGUAUUCGACUACAACGAUUCUCAAAGCAAUAUAUGAAGUGCUAGCUAGUGCCUCUCAACCACUUUUGCCACUGGAAAGUUAUAUCUACUGGAUUCUGAACGAAAUACCGCUUCCUUCGCCUGGGACCACAUUAAAGGUUAACUAUACAUUAUCCGAUUUCUCUGAUUCUUUUUACCUGCCUCAAAGUGACGUUUUCUAA